AUGUCAAACCCACUUGCCCACGCCAAGAUUGUCCUCCGUCGCUCCAGCGAACGUGGAUAUGCUGAACAUGGCGGCUGGCUCAAAUCAUUCCACACUUUCAGUUUCGCUAGCUACUACGACCACAAAUUCCAAAACUUUGGAAGUUUACGAGUUCUUAACGAGGACCGUGUCGCAGCCCGCAAUGGAUUCCCAACGCAUCCCCACCGCGACGCGGAAAUCUUCAGUUACAUCUUGAGUGGUGAGCUCACACAUCGGGACAGCAUGAUCAAGAAAGGAUCUGAAGGAGAGCAAGGGAAACAAUUCUACCGAAUGAAGCGGGGAGAUGUACAAUUUACCACAGGCGGAACGGGAAUCGCACACUCGGAGCAGAACGAGUCCAAUAAAUCUGUUCACUUCCUUCAGAUCUGGGCUCUGCCCUGGAAGCAUGGCCUCAAGCCACAAUAUCACACCAUGACUUUUAGCGAGGAGGCCAAGCGCAAGGCAUUCGUUCCCAUCUUGUCUCCGCUCGCUGCGGGCCCGGAAGCUACCCCGGCGCAAGAAAAUGCCGCCGAGCCUAAAGUUCCUGGAACAAUCCCCAUUCAUGCUGACUUUGUCAUGGGUGCGGGAAUUAUUGAGCCAGCUUCGACAUUCAAGUGGACUGUUGGUGCCGGUGAAGCUGUCGAGUCUAAGAAGAAGCGCAAUGUUUACAUCCACUUGCCUAUGACCAAGCAGGGCAUGUCCAAGGUCAAGAUUGAUGGCCGUGAAGAUGCUGUUCUCGAGGAGGGCGAUGGUGCCUUCAUCACAAUGGUGAAUGCCGGUGAUGCCCUCCGCGUGGAGAGUGUAGGAGAGGUCGAGGCGGAAGUGAUCGUGCUUGAUAGCAACUGA